AAACGAACAGAUUCAAAACCUUUCAAUUUCAGUGCUCUCGACUCAAAUUGCACGAUUUCACUCAUCUCUUAUCAUAAUUCCCAUUUCAUCACAUCUUUGGUCUUUUAUCUUAUCCUCCUCUUUUUUACAUCUUCUUAAUCUUCUCAUACCAAUGGCUUUCCAGACCAACAAAGGAGCCACCUCCUCCUUCUCCUCUUCUUCUUCUUUUUCAGCUACUUCUUCCACUACUCACCGAUGGAGCUAUGACGUCUUCUUAAGUUUUAGAGGUGAAGAUACCCGCAAUGGUUUUACAAGUCAUUUACAUAAAACUCUAUGUGACAAAGGUUUUAACACCUUCAUUGAUAAUAACCUUCAGAGAGGAGGAGAAAUUUCAAUUGAACUUCUUAAAACCAUUGUAUCAUCAAAAGUUUCAAUCAUUGUGUUUUCUGAGAACUAUGCUUCUUCUUCUUGGUGUUUGGAUGAACUUGUCAAGAUUCUCGAGUGUAAAAAAAAUAUUGGCCAAUUAGUUUUACCUGUUUUUUACAAUGUGGAUCCAUCAGAAGUACGUGGACAAAAGAAAGGGUUUGGGGUGGCCUUGACAGAACAUGAAGAAAAAUUCAAAGAUAAUAUUGACAAGGUGAAGAAUUGGAGGACGGCUUUAAAGGAAGUUGGUAGUUUGUCUGGAUGGCACUAUAAGAAUGGUGACACCGAAGCUAAAUUUAUCCAAAACAUUGUUGAAAAUAUACCAAAAUGCACCCCAGUAUUUGUUGGCAAAUGCCUUGUUGGAGUAAAACCUCGUGCCAAGGCUGUAGAAUCGCUUUUAAGUAUGGAGUUAGAUGAAGUUCGCAUAGUAGUGAUUCAUGGCCUUCCCGGAAUAGGUAAGAUUACAAUUGCAAAAGCAGUUUAUAACAGAAUUGCUAAUCAUUUUGAUGGAAGCAGUUUUUAG